UAGAAAACAAAAUCAAAAUUUCAGGUUGUUAGAGAAAAAAACUUAAAACAGAUGUUUCCUUCAGUGAUUUUCACGUUCUUGGCUGCCUUUCAGUUCCAUACUUUUGAAUUUCUAGUAUGUGCAACUGAUGAAAAGAGUAUCUUCAUACUCGCCGGCCAGAGCAACAUGGCUGGCCGAGGUGGUGUGACAAAUGGGACUUGGGAUGGUUGUGUCCCUCAUGAAUGCCGUCCUGACCCAAGGAUUCUUAGACUUAACCCAAAGCUGAUGUGGGAGGAAGCACGUGAACCUCUACAUGGAGGCAUCGACACAAAACCUUGUGGGGUGGGACCGGGGAUGUCAUUUGCAAAUUCAGUGCUACAAAGAGAUCCUUGCCUCGGGGUGAUCGGUUCGGUCACCUGUGCUCCUGGUGGAACCAAUAUAACCGAGUGGAAACAAGGCUCCGAUCUUUAUUAUCGGCUCUUGAAGAGAGCUAAUGCAGCACUACGAGAUGAAGGAAAAAUUCGAGCAAUUCUGUGGUAUCAAGGUGAAAGUGAUUCUGCAGAUGAAACAAGAGCUAAAAUGUAUAAGAAGAGGUUGAUAGAAUUUUUCCUUCACAUCCGGCGAGAUUUACCUUCCCCUGUGCUCCCAAUUAUUCAGGUGGCAUUGGCUUCAAAUGCAGGGCUCUAUUACGAGGUUGUAAGAAAGGCCCAACUAGAGAUAAAACUUCCAAAUGUAAUAUGUGUUGAUGCCAAGGGACUGGAGGUGAAGAAAAACGAUACACUUCAUCUUACUACUUCAGCCCAAGUCCACCUAGGAAAAAUGUUGGCUAAUGCCUUUUUCGAUAUUGGAAUUUAUAGUGUUUUGAUCAAGGCAUGGGUGGAAAAAACAUAUUAAAUGGGUAAUAUAGUACUUGUUUGAUAUAGAUUUUUAGCAAACAAUACUAUAUGAAAAUUGUUAAAAGACAAUCAUUGAAGUAGUAGUUA